CGGGGACAUGGCAACAGUGACCCGGACACACGCGCACCCUCGGCCGCGCACACAUGGACGCGUGAAGCUCCCUUUUUAUAGCGAAUUUCCAGGUGUGAGUAGCAGGAGGUUGGUGGCAGGAUGGAGGACCUUCACCGGGGGACCUGCACAGAGCUGGAGCGUCUGGCGGCAGCCGCGGCGACCAUGGACUACUCUGACUCCCUCGCCACGGCCCACCAGCCAGCCCUUACCGUCACUGCCCCCGUCCUCACCCCGCAGUUCACCCAGGACCACUACCAGCGACAGUACACCCGCCACGACACCCACCUGCGGCCCUCCUAUGAGCAGGUGCCAAGGCCACCACCCUCAGCCCACCACCAGGGAGCCCCGCCAGCGCAUGUACCACCACCUCCGCCCACGAUCCAGUAUGUCACAGAACGUCCAGGGCAUUAUGGCAGGACGGGCCAGUUUGUGUCCAUGGUGGAUCUACAGUAUGGCAACGCCCAGGUGAUGGCUCCUCUCCCGGGCCCCGAGGCACAGUACCCACCCCCUCCCCCGCCAGAGGUCCCCCAGCAGGUGCCUCUCAUCACCCCAUCACCACCAGCCCUGGAACCAGUGCAGAAGGAGAAGAGGAAAGUGCCUGCCACUGCCCCCAGCAAGAGGAGGAAAGCAGAGGAGAGAGGGAAGCAGGAGGAGGUGGAUGAGGAGGCCCUGAAGGGGGAGGACAAGGAGGGCAAUGUUCUGGAGAUGCCGCAGCCCAUCACGGACUCCAAUGGCACCCUGCUGUACCCCUGCUCCAUGUGCGGCACCAACCUGCCCUCCAUCGGGGCCUGGCAGGAGCACGCUGCCGACCACCUCAACAAUGCCAACAAGCGCAGGAACGGCCUUUCCCUCGAGGUCAAGAUUGAGAUUAUCAAGAGAAUUAACAGCGGGGAGAAGCAGGCGGACAUGGCGGAGGAGUACAUGGUCAACCGCUCCACCAUCAAGUCCAUCAUGAAGAAGUCCAGCAGCUACCUCCAGUGCUGGAAGAAAGGAAUGUUCCACCCGGACAGCAAGCGCCUCAAGGGACCAAAGCGGGAGGACAUUGAGGCAGCGCUGUACUCCUGGUACAAGCAGGCGGUGGCCACGGGCACCCCCGUGUCCGGCCCCAUCCUGUGCUCCAAGGCCCUGGCCUUUGCCAGCAAGCUGGGCCACGUUGACUUCAAGGCAACACACGGCUGGCUGGACCGCUUCAAGAAGAGGAAAAAUAUUGUGUUUGGCCGAGCACCAGCCAGAAGAAAAAGGGAAGAAGAGGAGAACAGCAAUGCAGAGCUCAAGCCCAGUGAGUGGCAGUCAGGAGUGCUGCACCAGCUGUUGUUGGAGCACGAACCCGGGGACAUCUUUGCUGUGGAGGAGAUAGGCCUGCUGUACCGCACGCUGCCCAGCCACGUGCUGGCCCUGCGAGGGGAGCGCUGUGCCGGCGGUGUGCGCAGCAGGCUGAGGCUGACUGUGCUGUUGUGUGGCAACAUGACCGGCACGGAGAAGUUCCCGCUGCUGGUGGUGGGCAAGCACCCCAAGCCCUCCAGCUUCCGGCACGUCAAGAGUCUGCCGGUGCAGUACGUGGCCAACCAGAAGGCGUGGAUGACCAGCGACAGCUUUGGGGCGUGGCUGCAGGACGUGGACUCCUGGUUCGUGCAGCAGUGCCGCCGCGUGGUGGUGGUGGCCUCCACCCUCCCCAUCCACGCCAAGCCCCCCAGUGGCCUGCGCGCGGUGCGUCUCGUCACAUCGCCACAGGGGUUUGUCGGUCCCCUCAGGCAGGGUGUCACCAUGGCCUUCAAGAGAAACUACCGGCGCGGGCUGCUGGAGACACUGGUGAACCAGCUGCAGCGGGAGGACGUGGCCCCCGGGGGCAAGCGCCAGCGGCGGCCCAACACCAAGCUGAGUCUGCUGACCUGCCUGCACCAGCUGGCCACCGCCUGGCACAGCGUCACCGACAGUGUCAUCAGCGCCAGCUUCACCCGCGCUGGCAUGAGUAAAUAUGCCACGUGGGGCGCCCCGCCGCUGCCCCCGGACCCCUCGCUGGGCGCUGAGAACCUGACGCUGCUGCACCGCCUGCGUUCCCUGGGCCUCUCGGUGCCGCCCGACAUGACCUUCAAUGACUUUGUGAACUUUGACAACGACGUGCAGACCUGCAACCUCAACAACGACGACGACAUCCUGGCCAUCGUGACCGGCGCCGACCGCGACGACGACGGCUGCGGAGAUGACGACGAGGAGGAAGAGGACGAUGGGGAGGAGGAGGGGGCGGGGGAGGAGAGCGACCACGGCCCUUCGUUGAACCAGGUGGAGGCGGCCCUGGCCACCCUCAGGAAGCACAUCCAGUACCAGGAGGGCGCCCAGGAGAUGUUCCGGGUGCUGGCCCACCUGGAGUACCUCAUCUACAAGGGGCAGGUGGGGGCCAAGGGGGUGGGGGUGCAGCCCACCUCAUCCACCGCACACUAGGCCUUGCUGCCCGGACACACACACACACACACACACACACACCAAAGCAAGUGUGUUCCCCCUAAUGCUGGUCACUUUACUAUUUACAAAUUUCAAAAGAUGAGUAUCUGUGCAUGAGUUUUAAGUGGAGGCAAUGGCUCAGGGUCUCUAAGAUCUGCUCGUAUAGAUAUUUAUUGGUCUUAAGUAUUUAAUAUUUAAAAUUUAUGUAGCAGCUAAUUGCCAGGGAAGUCAAACGUCCGGAGUAAGGUGACUAAUCUUGUACUUUUCCCAAUUUGUUACACAUUUUCCCUUUUUUCUGUAGGUCUUAAGGUUUUGCAACUAACAUUCCUGUAGUGCUUUAAUCUAUUUAAGGUAUAUUUAGUUCUGUUUAAUUUAGAUGUAUACCUCGGGAGUUCAUCAACACUUCAUUAGGGCAACACCAUUAGAUAAGAAGAGGGUGAGGCCACAUCCUGAGACGAGCACUGAACUUUGAGGUAGAGGGCAGAAGACCACCAGUAAGGCCAAGGAAGACGUGGAGAAGGGUGGUGGAGGAAGAUACGAGGAGGCUGAACAUCACGGAAGAAAUGGCUAUGGACCGGCAACAGUGGAGGAGGCUCAUAUCCCGUCCAACCCCACCAUAGGGAACAAAUGGACGUUAGACGAUGAUGAUGAUGAUGAUGAUGUGAGGGUGUGGUGCUGUGUUACUCCCUGAGCCAUCCUUUACCUGUAGAUCUGCUCUCGGCCCCUCCAGACCCUAAUUCAUCCGCUCCAUCAAGACUCCUCACUAACAGCACCUACGCCCAAUGGUAGUUCCGGCUCCAUGCUCGAAUACCCCCCUCCCCCCUCACUAACAGCGGACCACAUCAAGUCUGCUUGUGUCUCUUUAAACUCCCAGAUAUUCUCUCAUGUGUUAACGAUUAUGUUUUCACGGCUUUAUACUUAGUUUUUUAAGUAUCGGAAGUUAUGUGUUAUGUGUAGGGGCUCGCGGCCACUUGUCCACUCUAUAAGGCCUUCCAUGGGUGCAGGAUAUGGUGUUAUGUCCUUUCCUAUCACAAGCUAUAUGAUGAAGUACACACACACACACACACACACACACACACACACACACACAGGAAUAAACACCAGGAACACAAGAGGACACAGUAAAAAAUUGAGGAAAGGAAGAUGCUUGAGCGACAUAAAGAAAUAUAGCUUCCCGCAAAGAAAUAUAAAGGUUUGGAACAGACUAAGUGAGGAUGUAGUAUCGGCAAAGAGUGUGCAAAGUUUUAAGGAAAAGUUGGACAAAUACAGAUACGGAGACAGGACCACAUGAGCGUAAGCCCAGGCCCUGUAAAACUACAACUAGGUAAAUACACACACACACACACACACACUCAUUCUCAGACACACAGUCCAAAUCCACUACACUCAGUAUUUGCUUAAGGUUUUUACAGACACAAAAUUUUUACCCCACCCAAGAAAUCACAGUAACAAUCAACAUUUUCUCUAAUAUCUGAUAAAAUGUCCUAAAUUCUUACCUCAUUAGCUGUAGCAUCAGUUCAUGUGUCCCAGUGCAAGAGGAACACAUGCUGGGUUUUCCUAAUAAGUAUAACACACCCAGAUCCUACAAAUAGCCCUUAUGAAUCCACCCCAGAUUGUAUAACCUUAACCUGGUAGCUGCAGAGAUUAUGUUCCUUAAAGGCUCCUCUAAGCGAAUUAAUGAGAAAAAUUAUCACUCACGCAAAUCAUUAUAUAAUAGAUAACAACGCAUCUGUAAUCAAUAGGCCACGACGUUAAAAAAAAAAAAAAAAAAAAAAAAAAAAUUGGUGCAUCCUCUAUUUUGGGUGGUUUAUGUCAAGCCACAAAUUUGGCCCGUCGCUGCUACCGGGUUAAGAGACAUCGCAUAGCCACCCAGCUCUUGGCAACACUGGGAGCAACGUUGCCAGAUUGUCGUACUCUGCCUCUUAUGUUUGCUGAUUUCCGACCCAAAAACUGCCUCCUCGACCCCAAUAAUUGCCUACGUAUAUAGUUAUCGUUAAAAUGGUUAAUUAUUAGUGAUUUUUUUGGCAAUAGAUGGCUCAGAAACUGGUAAAUACAAGGCUCUGAGUACAAUAAUCUUGCAACGGUGACUGGGAGACGCUUCACUAAAUAAGCGUUCUUGUAGCACAGUCUGUCUUGUUGCCUUACCCCCUGUGCCUCAAGGUGUAGAUUGUAGUCCACUCACCACAUCUGCCAUUGCCCAAGGAUACACGCUCCUUACAACCACCAUUUCACACAGACGUACACUUUCGGCAUGAACCUUUACUCGGAUAUAUAGGUCCACGUUCUCAGACACUUCCGCUUCCCACAUCAAUUAUUUUCAAAGGUCAAAAAGGAGAUUAAUCAGGUUCUCAUGAGUGUGUUUUUACGUUCGAGGUACAGAGGCUUUGUCAGACUACCACCAGGGUCUUAAAACUACCCAGGGAAAUGCCCACAACUCCUAUGAAAGCCUUGUCAAUUGUGUGUGCAUGGGUGCCAAAAUGUUUUAUGAUAUGGCCCAUCACAUUAACAUUCACUGUCUGCCUCAUCCAAUACCCAGAAACAUACACUCCACUCUGUCAACCAUGCAGCCAUCACCCACCUCACUACCUACACCAAUUCAACCACUGCAACAUCCACCUAUAUCACACCACUUAUGACCCACCACCAGGACACACCCAAUCAAUAGCUGUGUUGAUGGGUGUGUUUGACCGGCCAUGCUCUGUGAAGUACCAUGAGAAAAAUGAGCUUUAUCUCCCCGGUUUCAUGCUCAACAGAUGUAAUAGUCAACCAUGAUUUUAUUGUGACUGUGCUAAAUGUGCUCAGAAGAUGGUUGCUAAUUGGAAGAGAUGUUAGACCAAAGCAAGUGAUGUUUUUACUGCUAAUGCAACACGGAAGGAUAGCAGAGUCGGCAGCUGUGAGAGAGACAUAUGACAGGCUGGUUCAUGGGAGACAAUAAUAAUAAUAAUAAUAAUAAUGAUAAUGGUGCACAGUAAUAGUUGGUGUGGAAAACAUGUAUACUUAGGUAGCUAUGUGUGUGUUAUGAUAUAAGUGAUUGAUAUGGUCGUGGUGGUGAUGGUGGUGGGUUCUCUCUGCCCUGACGAUGGUUACGAGAUAGUCACCAUGGCACUCUCCUGUUCAUCACCUUAAGGAGUGCCAAAUGUACAGUCCUGAGGUGUCACUGCAUGGUUGGCAUUAUCCUACUGAGAGGCAUCACUGAAUGUAUAUGUAUUAAGUGAAGGGAACUUUGAUGGGGUUCUGAAAUUUGUAAGUAGGUAUUGCUUUGUUACCUAAUCUAUUCAUAAUUAAGCUAUCAAGUGAUUGGUAAAAUAAUGGACACAGUCUGUUGCCUUGCCUAUGAGUACCCAAAAGAAAGAUACCUGUGUGCCAUGCUUACCCCUGGCAGCUGGCGAAGGUUUUGUUGUCACUCGGAAAGUCCUUCAUCGUUGCUCAGUUACAUGCUGUCGUGAUCCGAGAGUUUGAUGAAGUUAUUUGCUAUAGUCGCUCUACACUAAGGGCCGUUUUACAAGUCAAACCCGAGUAGUUUCGCGUCCCUACAAAGGUCGGUUUAGGGGCUGUAUUACAUGUCCAAUCCCAGAAGUUUCAGGUCCCAGCAGAGUUAUUCAUCCAGAACUCUGUAGGGACCCGAAACUUCUUGGAUUGGACUUGUAGUAUGGUCCCUAAACCGACCUUUGUGGGGACCCGAAACUACUUGGGUUUGACUGUAAAACGGCCCUAAGUUGGUACAGAAGCCCCACCCCAUCUUCCAAAGCCACAGGAGCUGAUUGGUUGGAUGAGAGGAGCUUGGCGUUAGGAGUCAAUGUAACUAUGGAGGGAGGGUGAGAGAGGGAACAAGGCUUCUGGACCAAUGGAGUGUGUGGAGACUAUAGCUGGUCGUACCAAGAAAUCAAAAGUAUGGAUGUGUGUUGCUGUAAUGACCAAGUCGGCAAACAGUAUCACAGUCUUCUGUUUGUCAAUUAGGGAAAUCAAAACAACUGCAACACAUGUACCUCCUCAGACCUCCUUAAACUACCCCUGGAAAUGCCCCAAACUCCUAUGAAAGCCUUGUCAAAUAUGUGUUUUUUAGGUUCCUGGUACAGAAGAAGGGUCAAACCACCACCAAAGUCCUUAAACUACCCCUGGAAAUGCCCCAAACUCCUAUGAAAGCCUUGUGAAAUAUGUGCUUUUUAGGUUCCUGGUACAGAAGAAGGGUCAAACCACCACCAAGGUUCUUAAACUACCCCUGGAAAUGCCCCAAAUUCCUACAAAAGCCUUGUCAAAUAUGUGUUUUUAGGUUCCUGGUUCCUAGUAGAUGUUGAGAAGGUAGACUUUAUACCUUGAACACAUGAACACUAAAUUUGCAUACUCGCACGCACUUCUGUAAAUGUCACUGAAGGGAAAUGUUUCUAUCAUCAGCCUUCAUUUGGUUUUAGGAGAGUGAUAUGCCUUCAGCAGAGCACGUCACUUUAUUGGUAAGGGAACGUACCUCCAGUUCUGUUCUGUAUUGAGGCCAACUCCUAGGUCAUCAUUCUCAGACACUUCCUUCCCUCACAUCAACUAUUUCCAAACACCAAAAAAGGGAUGAUUAAUUUUCUGGACCAUUUCUCCGCUGUCCAACUUCCUAAUGCAAGAGUCAACUGGCGUUUCUUCGCUCGUUCAUUGGGUUCUAAGGAGUGUUUUUUUAGGUUCAUGGUACAGAAGAAGGGUCAAACUACCACCAGGGUCCUUAGACUACCCCUGGAAAUGCCCAAACUCCUAUGAAGGCCUUGUCAAAUAUGUGUUUUUUAGGUUUCUGGUACUGAAGAAGGGUUAAACCACCACCAGGGUCCUUAAACUACCCAUGGAAAUGCCCAAAACUCCUACGAAAGCCUUGUCAAAUGUGUUUUUAGGUUCCUGGUACAGAAGAAGGGUCAAACUACCACCUGGGUCAUUAAACUACCCCUGGAAAUGCCCAAAUAACUCUCACAAAAGCCUUGUUAAAUAUGUGUUUUUUAGGUUCCUGGUACAGAAGAAGGGUCACACUACCACUAGGGUUCUUAAACUACCCCUGGAAAUGACUGAAACUCUUACGAAAGCCUUGUCAGAUAUGUGUUUUUGGGCGCUGAAAUGUUUACGAAUGUGGCCCCUGAUGUUAAAAUCCCUGAGGUGAUGUUUUUCGGGCCUAUGACUCAUGCCUCACCCUGACUGGACCUGUGUGUGGCUGCUCUGGGUAUCAAAGAGAAGGGAUUUUGAUUUUAACUCACCAUAAACACAAGGAAAAUUUGGAUGCUGAGGAAAUGUAAUAUGUUUUUUCUUAUUUCUUCAGCAAGGGAGGCAGGUCAAGGGCAAAACAAAAACAAAAAACAGAGACAAAAAGGCCCUCAAUAUCCUGCUCUAACUAAAGAAAACAAUAAAAGGUCAAGAAAGGUCAAUUUUUAGG